AUGAAUAAAAAAGUUGCUUAUCCAGUUUAUUUUGAGAAUGAUGAUAUGAUGAAACUUGAGAAAGAUUAUAAGGAAUAUAACUUCAAUUCAUCUUUUAUGGCAAAUUCUUUGAAUUUAUCUCGACUUCAUUUGAAAAGAAAUCUUCGAGCACUUCAUGAGCCGGUUGAUAAGAAAGAAUGGAUAGGUAUUCUGCCUACAACAGUUAAUGCCAUCCAUGAUAGAUUAUUCAAUGACAUCACUUUUCCAGCUGCUUUCCUUGGUAGGCCUUUGCUCGAAAAAUAUGUACCCAAGUAUCUCAACUAUGGUGGUAAGGAUGGAUUCAAACAAAAAAAAAAAUAUAUAUUGAAUUUAGGCAUCGGUUUUGUCAUGGGACAUGAGAUUAUGCAUGGCUUUGAUGAUGAUGGUCGAAAAUUUGAUAUAAAUGGAAAACAAGUUUCUCUGUGGACCAAUAAGACUAUCAAAGCGUUUCAUAAACACAAGAAAUGUAUACUCGAACAAUAUAAUAAUUACACAUUGACACAAGUCAAUGGACAGUUGGACGGUACACGAACACUGAAUGAAAAUAUUUCUGAUAAUGUUGCAUUGAAGCAAGCUUUUUUUGUAAGCCUUAUUAUUCAUUGA